GUUUACUUCUAUAGAUGCUGCUGAUGGCUGCAACCAUUUGCUGCUCUCUUCUGUGUUUUGAUGUGACCAGCCAGGGCCGGGAGGAAGUAAAGAAGCAAAGAAAAACAUUUGAGGCUGUAGAGAAGAUGGGACAGAGCAAAAUAAAAAUGGAGUUGAGAGUUGGGAACAAAUACAGGCUGGGCAGGAAGAUUGGCAGUGGCUCCUUUGGUGACAUUUAUCUGGGUGCAAACAUCGCCACUGGGGAGGAGGUUGCCAUAAAGCUGGAAUGUGUCAAAACGAAACACCCCCAACUCCACAUCGAGAGCAAAUUUUACAAAAUGAUGCAAGGAGGAGUUGGGAUUCCCUCGAUUAAAUGGUGUGGCGCAGAGGGAGAUUACAACGUGAUGGUGAUGGAGCUGCUGGGUCCUAGUCUCGAAGACCUUUUCAAUUUCUGCUCGCGCAAGUUCAGUCUGAAGACCGUGCUUCUCCUUGCAGACCAGAUGAUCAGUCGAAUUGAGUACAUUCAUUCCAAAAACUUCAUCCACCGUGACGUUAAACCAGACAACUUCCUCAUGGGCUUGGGCAAGAAGGGGAACCUGGUUUAUAUCAUUGACUUUGGCCUAGCCAAGAAGUACCGUGAUGCACGGACUCACCAACAUAUCCCGUACCGGGAAAACAAGAAUCUGACCGGCACAGCGCGAUACGCCUCCAUCAACACUCAUCUGGGCAUCGAACAAAGCCGCCGUGAUGACCUGGAGUCACUGGGUUACGUCCUGAUGUAUUUUAACUUGGGCUCGUUGCCAUGGCAGGGACUCAAAGCAGCCACAAAACGGCAGAAGUACGAGCGCAUCAGUGAGAAAAAGAUGUCGACUCCAAUCGAAGUAUUGUGCAAGAGCUAUCCGUCUGAGUUUUCUACCUACCUGAACUUCUGUCGCUCCUUACGUUUUGACGACAAGCCCGAUUACUCGUACCUGCGCCAGCUUUUCAGGAACUUAUUCCACCGACAGGGCUUCUCAUACGACUACGUCUUUGAUUGGAACAUGCUGAAGUUUGGCGCAGGACGGACCCCAGAGGAAAGUGAGCGUGAGCGCAGGGAGCAUGAACGGGAAGAGCGUGUGGUGCAGACACGCAGUUCAGCUACACGAGUCCUUCCACCCGGAACGGGGGCCGGGGCAGUGGGUAACCGGUUACGGAAUGGACAAGACGCGGUGCUGCCUACUCAAGCAUCUCGGGCACAGCAGUCUGCUAAUACCUCACCGAGACCCAUCUCUCGGGCCGAGAGAGAGCGCAAAGUGAGCAUGAGGUUACAUCGAGGCGCUCCCGCCAACGUUUCUUCCUCUGAUCUCACGGCGCGGCAAGAUGCUUCACGCAUUUCAGCAUCACAGACCAGCAUGCCCUUUGAACAUCUGGCAAAGUGACUAGUGUCCCUCGAUCAGCAGGUAGUUUGAUUCCUUCGCUGAUUUUCACCAAUGAUGGGGCGAUUUCUCCAACAUUGACCACUGCGAUGGAGCCUUCAGGGAGGAUAUCAGAACAGGGCUCGUAUUCACCCACUAUUUUAUUUGUGCGAGAAUAGAGGAUGCAAGGCCUCCAUUUCACUCUGAGCACGCUUACAAUGAUCUUGUGUCAAUCACCUCAGAUUUAUUAUAUACUUUCUUUUUCCCCCCGCUUGUUUGGAAGUUUUCUUUUCCUCGAAGAAAACCCAGAUUUAAUUUUGCACCCCCACCCCCCCCAACCCCCAACCAAACCCCCGGAAAGAAGUUCUGCGCCCCAACCUCAAAUAGUCAAGGACUUUGAACUUUCCAAGCAGCCAAUUAUAAAGAAGCCGCCUGUCUUGUUUUCCCCUCCUUUCAAAUGCUAUCCCUCCCCUUCUCUGAGAGCGCGUGCUUACCUCCCAAAAGGUAGUUAAUGCUAGGAGGUGAAGGAAAGAGGAAGCAAAUCUUUUAAAAUGGCUUUGACAGGACCCUUUUUUUUUUUAGGACAUGUAGUAGCCUCUUGUCCCAGUCAUACCAAGUCUGGUCAUUUUUGUAUAUUUAAAAACAAAACGGGGAAGCCCCCACAACAUGAAUUUUAAGUUAAGCAACCCAGCCCCGAGGUGGCUUGGCGCUCAACACCUCGAACUGCAACUGAGGGCAAGGUAUCCUGGUAUGGUUAAAGUGGUACUGGAAUCGCCUUUGGCUUAGGUGACAACACUGGGAUUCCUGUACUUAAAGAGUUUAUUUCAGGCCAUCUACUUUUCCCACUGCAAAAAAAAAAUUCAAUCUCAAUUUUCCAACUCCUUGUAGGUGUUAAAAUCACUUCCUAGCCUGUCCUCUGUCUCCAGGGUGACUAGACUGUCAUGUUUUAAAAAAAAAGUAACUCUUGCAUAUAUUUUAAGAAAAAGAACGACACAAUUUUUAAAUAGAAGCACUAUUCGUGUGAAGGGGAUGGGGAAAUCUUUCAACAAACACUCAUUAAAGAGUGUGUGUGUGUGUCCAAUCAGAACCGUUUGUCCUUUUUGUGUCAACUAUAUAUAUAAUAUAUCAUAUAUGUAUGUAUUACGGUAUAUAUAGUGUUGACAAAACCAGUGGCAUUGGAACCGCAUUGGCUGCUAAUUUUUGAAGAAUGUGUAUAUAUUUAUUUUGUAGGGUAUUGUUUUAAAAGCUUUAUUGUGUUCAGUUGGUCGUGUUUCCUUUCAAAAAGUAGGAAAAACUUCGGUGGGGGGGGAGGGGGUGGGGUGCAGGGAAAUCUGGAUGAAGGUUCUUAAUCCAGGUGUAACAUUUCAGUGCCACAUUCCCAUUCACCACCCCCACUCGCCGAUCUACAGGUUAAGGACAUUUAGCCAAACCAACACUCAAUAUUACAUUUUGUUUUUUUUUUUAAAAAGGCGAGCCAGUGUGAUUUUUGAUUUUCGUUGCUGUUUGCCAACAUCUGGAGUCAUUGCUGUUUGCCAACAUCUGGAGUCAUUGCCUCAACGGCGACUCCUCUGACAUCAGGUGGACCUGGGGCUUAACGCCAUGUGCUGGCAUCUCUGCUAACUACCCAGAGAACGAUCUGAGCACGCGCAGAGCCUUGUAACCUGGUAGUUCUGAAAUGCACAAAGUUCGAGAUAUUUGGGGGAAGGUGAAGACCUGGAAGACAGCUUUGUAGUGAGCUAGUUCAAAUAAAACUUUUUUUUGGCUGUCAAAUUGCCAACAUGGGGCUUAUGCUGCACUUCUCCCCAGCCCUCCCCCUCCCCUGUCAACAACCACAGCUCAGGCAGAUCCAAAGGGGGGUCCUGUUAUUCUGCACAAAUAAGGCGGUGCAGAUGGUGGCUCCACUCGAUUGUAUCUGGCAGUGGGAAAGGAUAGAGCAGAAAAUUGGACAAACGUGCUGCAAUUAAGGUUAAAUAUCAAGGUUUUGGAGGGAAUUUGUUGGAGGAGCUGUAAAUGCAGCACUAGCUGCUUGGGUUCCACUUGGUGCUCCACAUUGAUGCCAGAUUCCCAGCCUGCCAGUGGCCUUCUCUCGGAUCUUGCGCUUUUUAGUACAAUCAGCAGGACUGCCUCUUUUAUGAUGGGUUUUUCACCUUCCUCAACUGUGCUUGCCUGACCAAAAGCGUUGCGUGAAGAGUUACCCGCUUAACUAUUGCCCAGAGAGUAAUAAAGGGGGUGGUAAGGUGGUGGUGGAGGUAGGUGGAGAGGAAACACUUGCCAAAAUACCUACCAAAAAAAAUAAGCCCUUUAAACAUUUUCGGUGAGGUAGCAAAGAGACCUGAUUGCUUAGAGGAAGAUCCAAAGCAUCAAAAAAAAAAGUUUCGAGGAAAGAAUACAUCGUGUUCCAGAGUGCUGAAUUUUGUCAGCUUUGGCACGCUGAAAUGUUUACAUUGAAAAAAAAAAUUAACUAGACCCAGGCAAUUGCUAAGGGGAGUUUUCCGAUCCAGGUGUAAAUGUGUGAAUAACUACUGUGUAUGUGUGUUCUGUGUGCGUGUUCUCUUUUUUUUUCUAAAGGUGUUCAGUGAAAUUCUUGCGAAUUCAGCAGCCAGAAAGUUGAUGGGAUGCUCCGCCAAGCUGCGAGGUCACUUGCUGUAACAUUAUGCUCCGUUGGGCAAAGCUCGAGGUUCCCUAAUGUUUCCGGCGUCUCCCCUGAUCUUUAGGAACCAAAAGGGUGGAGGUGGGGGAGGGUGGAAUGCCUCAAUGUCAUCUUCCCAAAACUGUCCCUGUGGAGAUGGGUUGGUGCUACUUUGUGUGGUAGCAGGAAAUUGGAAGGAGGUCCUGGAACUCAUUGCAAAUUAUUCUGAGGGCCAGUGUUCCUAUAGGAUGGGGCAGGAGGGAGGGAUAGAUUCCUGCGAGGAUUGGUGAGGUCAGAUGUUUGGAUCUAGCAGAGUAGAGCGUGACCCCUUCCCUAGUUUGCAAACUAAACACGCUCGGCUGAUUUUAGGCAAAACCGUUUUGGAAUUGGGCAGCAACUGCAGUAGGUGACCUUGCGUGUUCCAUAAUCUGCUGUGGUAGCGUAUCCCUUCACUCAAAAUGUAGCAGCAUAUUCUCCUUACCACUAGAAUACGGUUCCAUCUUAAAUGACCUACUCGGAAGGGGAAAGGAACAGAGGGAAGCUUGUAUCUUUUUUAAAAUUUUGCUCUCCCAGCUCUGCAGCGGCUCAAAUUUUUGGCGUCAAAGCUAUUGAGCUUAUUGCAAACCCGGGACUGGGGUUUCCGUUACAGGGCGGGGUGUGCAUCGGGGAAUGGAAGGCUAAACAUCUUCAGGGGCCAGACAGAGGGUGUUGGGCGAGCAAGGGCGGGUCCAAUUCUACCACCUUGCAGCUUGAAAGCAGAAAAUGGUUUACUGUCCCCUGCCGAGUAUCUCGUUUCAAGAUUCUUACCCACUGGUUUGGACCUGGUGACAUUUUUUUUCCAGAGUGGAAAUAUAUAAUCACAAUGCAUUUCGUUUUUCUGUACUGUAAACUUGAACGUCACCCUCAAAAUUUUUUUGAGAUAUUAACUGUGCACCGAUGCUAACGUCCCCCCCCUCUUUGAUGACUUUUUUCGGUUUUAUAUUUAAUACACGCGAUUCCUAAGUUAUUUUCCCAUGGAUUUUUUUAACAUUGGUAUUUCAUAAAUAACUUUUUUGAGAUUUUUUUGUAUUUGUGUAAAUAGCGAGUUUUUUGAUUGUAAAGUGAAAACUGUUGCUUCUUUAGUACUGAUGUCAAACAGUGUAACAUAGUUUUAAUUUGUGCAAAAAGAGGGGGUGGGCAGAUGGGGAGGGCAACAUCAAACAUUCGGCGUAUCCCUUCACAUGAGUUGCUGCAAGAUGGACUACAGACUAGAUCAUCUGUCUCUAGCAUGUUAUUGCUCUAAAUGUUGUCCCUUAUGAAGGACCAGUGUAUUAAUCCAACCAGGACUCAAAGGAUGAUGUUCUUCUCUCCCUACUGGAUGACUGGGUAGUGCAGUGUGUUUUUAUGCAGUUUUGUUUUUUAAAUUUUAAACUGUGCUGUCCUUCUUCACUUUUUUUUAAUACUAUAUCCAAAUUCAUCCUGGACAAAGAGGUUCAAGGUCCGAAAUUAAAAAGGAGCUCUCGUCAGCCGUCAGCUGUCAUUGCUGUUGGCUGGCUCCAUAACCCUAAAGAGAAGGAAGAGAAGUCCCAUGCUUUUAGUGGUUGCCGGAAUCGUGAAAACUGAAUACGUUGCAUUGAAAAGUGGACCUUCCUUUCCAAGGUGGCUGCUGCUAUGGUUUUAUUGUUGAGGAUUGGCACCAGGAGUGUGCCAUGGAUAUUGGUGCCAGCCUUCAUCCAAGUGAAAGUAAUGGCAAAGACGCCCCCCUGUUCUAUAUUGUAUUUAUUGCACACUAUCUUAUGAAUGUAUGUGCGUGCGUGUGUGUAUUUUUUGGCUAUUGACAAGAUUCAGGGGAAGGGACUAUUUUUUAGCAAUUAGCGGCCUUAGACUUUCAGCUCAGUUCAGUUGCUUUCACUCCCAAGUUUUGGCCUGUAUGAAGCAUGUGGUGGUGGCUCCUUUUUCAGUGUUCUGUCUGACCUGUUAUAAGGUGCGACGCAGAGUAACUCUCCAUGGGCCACAUGCACCUAGAAACUCGGUGAUUUUAAAUGGAGGAGUGCUUGACAUGUUUACAUGAUACUGACUGCUCUGAGGAGAGAGAAAAACAAGUUAAAUUUGGGGGAGGGGUUAAUGUUUGCAAUAAAAUAGCAAAUGGGAAUGUCCUGUAACUUGGCCGUUAAGUGUUGCCAGCGAUAAUGUCUAGGCUUUUCUGUGUGUGUAAAUGGGGAUUGUGUUCUCUUUCCUCUCGAGGAAACCCAUCUAAAUGUGAACUCGGCUGAAAUGUUCAGUGCUUUGAACUGCCCUCCCCACCACCCCUUUUUUAAAAAAAAAUGUGCUCUCUGACUAUUCUGUCUCGAUGUCUAAUGUACAGUUCUCUAUUCCUGACACUAUUUAACGUUAUUUACAAUGCAAUUUAAUAUGGUUGUUAUUUGUGUACAUUUUAAAACUUAUAAAUAAAAGGGAGAGGAAAAACACCAA